GCGCCGGAAGUGCGCUGAGGAGUUCCGGGGAGCAGGCGGUCGCCGAGCUUCUGGUGUCUUGAGCUUUGCGACUUGAGUCCUACUCUUUGGUGCAGGUGUCGCCCACAGCCACUGAGAUCAUGGUGUUCUACUUCACCAGCAGCAGCGUUAAUUCAUCUACUUACACCAUUUACAUGGGAAAGGAUAAAUAUGAAAAUGAAGAUCUGAUAAAGUAUGGCUGGCCUGAAGAUAUUUGGUUUCAUGUGGACAAAAUCUCUUCGGCUCAUGUAUACCUUCGAUUGCAUAAGGGAGAGAAGAUAGAAGACAUUCCCAAGGAAGUGCUGGUGGACUGUGCCCAGCUUGUGAAGGCCAAUAGCAUUCAAGGCUGCAAGAUGAACAACGUGAAUGUGGUGUACACGCCGUGGUCGAACCUGAAGAAGACAGCUGACAUGGAUGUGGGGCAGAUAGGCUUUCACAGGCAGAAGGACGUAAAAAUUGUAGCAGUGGAGAAGAAAGUGAAUGAGGUCCUGAACCGAUUAGAAAAGACCAAAUCGGAGCGGUUCCCAGACCUAGCAGCAGAGAAAGAAGGCAGGGAUCGUGAAGAGAGGAAUGAGAAAAAAGCCCAAAUCCAGGAAAUGAAAAGGAGAGAAAAAGAAGAAAUGAAGAAAAAGAAGGAAAUGGAUGAACUUAGGAGCUAUUCAUCACUAAUGAAAGCUGAGAAUAUGUCUUCAAAUCAGGAUGGCAAUGAUUCAGAUGAAUUCAUGUGAAUGGAGAAGAGGACUUGAAAGAUGUGAAUAGAGACCACUGCAGACUUUUUGAUUUCAUCUCUGUUCUGAAUUUGAAAAACAACCAAAAUUCUGCCUUCAUUCUACAUGGAGAUUCUUUGUUUCGGAGUUUUAAAAAAAAUUCCUUUUUUUUGCUGACAGAAAGGGACAGAUAUUAUAUAUAUAUAUAUGUAUAAUGAUGAACUUGAAGAUGACAUAUAACUUUAGGAAAGUGAACGUAUUUUUGCCAGAUCAUGCCUCAGUGCCCCGUGGAAGCCGACUGCCCUUGCUCUUGAGACAGACGUUGGAACAAACCAGCUCUGAGAAGUUUCUGUGUGGCUGUGGUCUACCCCGAAAACAGAUGUCUUGAAAUGCUUUCCACACCCUAAAAUACCCUCACUUCUGCUAGGAAGGGUGUGUUUGUGGGCAGUUCAGGCCCGUGUUCCCAUUUCUGAUUUCCUGGUUAGAUAAAAAGGGGAUAUGGGUUUGAAGAUGAUAGUGGUAUUUCAAAGACCGCUAUUAACCACAUUCCCUCGUGUUGGAUUCUGGUAGUGUCGUGACCCUCAGCUCUUGGCUUGCCCCCACUCAGAGUUCUCGCUUCUCAGAGUUGGGACCCCAGGCUUAGCAGCAUCCUCUUUAAAGAAGCGGUGGGUCUUACUCGUGUGGGCCUUGUGGCGCUUCCCUGAGCACCGAGUAACCCAGCCCACACAUGUGACAGCCGCCAGUGUCUGGGGUCCUGUCUCAGCACAGAGGGAGACAUAGGAAGGGGUUCUCUGUGAGUGAUGUGGGAAACACAGGUGACCUGCCGUUUGUCUUUGGAUACUGCAUGAAGCAGACGUCCGUAUUGGAUUAUGCUUUAAGACAAAAAGCGUUUCCCUAGCCAGCUAAGUAAUUUGUUUUCUUGCCUUGGACUAGAUUGAAGUUUUGUAACCCCAGAGUUCUAAUUUCUCAAUUGUAGACUCAGUAACAGAAUAUAUAAUUACUGCUCAUUGGAAACACCUGCUACCCAGUGUGAUUCUGGCCAGAAGAUAAAUUCUUAUUGCACUGUGUGAGGCAACCCUGUGGGAAGAGACCAAAAAAAAAAUA